GGAAAGGACACAGUCACUGCUCUUGCAAGGGGAAAACUAAACGCAGCCCUCACUCAGAUACUGACAGAAAGGCUAAGAGGAACGCAAGAAAUGAAAUUUACCAUUUCCACUACGAUCGAAGAGGUACUGUUUAAAGGAAGAGUCCGCGUCAAUGAAAUGAAGCUGAACGACUUUCUUACGAUGGAACUGGACGGCAGGGGCGUUGUGGCCACCAAUCGGAGUGUUUUGCUGAAGGAGUUUUUCAAGAACCCCAAUAAUUAUAUCCGUGAUAAGAGAGCAUUGAAAGAAAUACAGAUAUCCGAUGCUUAUGCGAGGAUGGAGGGGACUGUGAGGGAUGAAAUGGAUUUGGAAGAAGUUGUACGCAGGCUUCGCGAUAAGGGUGUGUACAAUCUACUUGGGUGGUCAGAAGCUGCUGCGGAGGUCAAAGCAACUGUUCAUAAACUCACUAAACACUCAUUGGAUGCAGCCCUUCAGGAAGCGAGUAAACCAACGACGACGAUUGCACCGAUGAAACUGGAGGGAUUGUACGAGUCUGUGUACAGUGCGAGUUGGCAUCAUGUGGUGGAAGUCCCUGGCGGCGAGGGGACUGAAAUGGAGGCGAAGGAGGGGAAACCGAAACACUCAUGGAAUUACAAGAAAGUUGGCGACACCUUCGAAGAGGAUGACGCUGUGCGGGAAUCCGGUGAAGUACCUCCCAGGCUGAUGGUGCUCACCUCGGACAAGGGAUGGCCGUACACGCUGAAUGCGCCGUAUGGGGCUGGUAAUGACUUCUUUAUAAACUGCGAGGUGGAUCGAGUGUGGCAGAUCGUCCUUGACGAUCUAACCGAGUGGUUCAGCAACUCUGACUUGACUCUCAAUUCUUCACCCGUGCGGCGUGUGUUGAUUGGGACGCCCGGGAUCGGGAAGUCGAUGGCUGCCGGUUCGUACCUCCUCUACCAGCUGCUGCACUACGAUGUGGAGAAACUCCAAGUGGUUGUCCACUGUUUUGGAGAAACGAUGUACGUGUUUGACAAAACCACCGAAACUGUGACAAAAUACAUGGGUAACAAAACAUCGAAGAGUGUUUUGGGUGGUUUGAGGCAGCGUGGGAUGAAAGGGUACAUUAUUUACGAUGUGGCAAAGAAAGGAACACCGCCCGACACAGAUUUUGCGCCCUCCACCGGAUGGGGCAUGAUUGUGGUGUCAUCGCCAAACCUGGACAACUAUGAUGAGUGGGAGAAGCAAUUAAAAGCCAGUCGAAUCAUCAUGAAUUGCCCCGACGAGGUGGAUGUGAAGGCGAUGUGCGCUUGGAUGAAACGCGGUCUGGAACCAGAUGAGCAAGCGGGAUACUGGAAAGAGGUCAAAGAACGCAUGGAUAACGUGGGGCCGAUUCCACGUCACAUCUUUGAUAAGAAAAUUUAUAUUAGUCGCUUGGGUGCUGUUAAUGAUGCCUUGCUAGCAAUCAAGGAUACUGAUGUUGGAAAGUACUUUACCCUGGGAGGAGAGGAAGAAUGGUAUUCCGAGGAUCCGUCUCACAAACUUGUGAAGAUUGUCCGGGAAAUAACAGUUGAAGGUGCUGAGAUAUUUCUGAACGCAUCGAUAUGUGCUCGUAUCGGGUUUCGAACUGCGGACCGUUUGGCAAAGGAAAUGGCUACGAAGGAUUUUUUGUUGCUAAUAUUCAGAUCGCGUGGUGUUCUUGUUUCCCACGCUCUGGAACAAUUUGGUUUGCGCAUAUUCAUGCAUGGGGAGUUUGUCAUUGAAUUAGCAAAGGAACUCAAGGAGCUGCCGCCACCAUCGCCUUCCAAACCACGGUCCUCAGUGCUGAAGUUAAACCAUCAAGGGUACCCCACUCUCACCGUUGGAUUAACGGAACCGCAGGGCGGUGUCGAGAGGAUUCCGAUGGAGUACAGGGUGCUGUACAUACCGGCGGUCCAAAACUUUCCGCUGGUGGACGGCCUUUUCUUUGUUGAUUCGCCGCGGAAGACGCUGGUUGGGCUGCGGAUGACGACGGCGGGUGAGCACCACACCAUACCCAGCACUGUGAGUCUGUUCAAUGAACGCCUGGCGGCAUAUUUUAAUGGUUGGGAGGAAUUAUCCCGAGACCUGUCGUGGGAGAUGAUUUAUGUGCAGCACGAAAACAGCACAAUGAUAACGAACUGGCAGAGAUGUGGUCCCGUCAAUACCGUUAAUUUGAGCGACGAUGAAAAAGAGAUUGUGGCGUUCUGGGACCGAAAGGUACACGAAUACCAGUUUGCGUUGACAACUGAUUUUGUAAAUAGAAUCCGAGCAAAGUGA